CCGAUAGCUUACCUCAAGACCGGAAGGAGAGAGAGUGAGAGAGAACUUCCUCCCCCAAACCCUAUAUUUUGCAGGCAGAUGAGAGAGAGAGAGGAGGAGGGAUGGGGAUCUCGAGGAGGAGGAGGAGGAGGAGGAGAUUUCAUGCGAGGGGGGUUGACAGAAGAGAGUGAGCACACAGCGGGGGAAAAUGGCAUGCGACGGUGCUGUUUCCGUUGCGUGCUCACUUCUCUUCCUGUCAGCCUUUUGUUGUUCCUUCCUUUUUUGAGCCAUGCCUGGAGAUGCGAUCCCGUUCCCCUUCCGUGCUUAUCCGUCGCCGAUCUCCUCUCGGGAGCUUCGUCUCGAUCCGUGCUUCGCUUCGCUUUGCUGUGCUGUCGGUCUUAUCUUAUCUGCCUGUCCGCCCGUCGGAUUUCUCCGGGCGAAGAGAGACCGAUGCUUGAUGUCGUUAAAUCUCUUGGCGUUGCGUGCCUAAAUGGCUUCUUUUCUUAAUUAUUUGCCUUUGUUCAAGAAAUUGUUGGUCAGAUUUUUCGGAUAAUUAAGGAAAUUGUGCAGGAGGAAGCGUGACUUUUGAGAAGGCAGGUGGGUUGGAGGGAGGGGACUGUCCGUCUCUGCGUGGGUUGGAUUCGAGCGAGAGAGAGAGAGAGAGAGAGAGAGGAGAGUACACUAGGCCUCUCAUUCAACAGAGUGUGCGGCCUUGACGGGAGCCACUGUUUGACACGUCCUGCCCUUCUUUCUCUUCUGUCUUCUUUGUUGUUUGCUUGCCCUUUUUUUCUCCCUCUUCCUUGUCUCUUCUUUUUUUUUUUUUGCCUGUUUUGGACAGGAUUUGGAGUAUUUCGGAAAGGAAGAUGGGAUGAAGCUGUAGGGAUUUAUGGAGGGAAGGUGAUCUCGAAGUUCAUCUCUACCGUCUUCCACGGUUGCUUCACCACGUCGGAGAAAGACCAUUACCUCGCCGCACUCAUCGGUCGUUGCUUUGCUGAGUUGAAGAAAGAUUCAUUACACGCCAUGAUCUUGAAUGGUGGUGACGUUAAACGAAGACUAAACAGAAGCACAUCCAGCGACCACAGAUUGAAGUUGACCAUGGAACUCCGAUAAGUAAAUCUUAAUGUUGUCAUUUGCACGAAGAAACCUCUCCAUGGAUGAGUCUCCUAGAACUUCUCUAGAUGGAAAAUGAUUCAUGUCUUUGAAUUUAUCAUUGUAUAACCAUAGCUUGAGUCUCUAGGCCAUGGAUAUCUUGACGCUCAAGGUGCAUGGAUUGAGUUCUCCACCGGGUCAUGCAGGAUAUGAGAAAGGCAUCAAGGGAGUAAACUUACAGAUAUAGUGCUGUCAAGUAUCAGCUUGAAGAACAAGGGAAGUAUCAGAAAUCCCAGAUAUGGAGAUAGCGGAAUAACAAAAUUCUCUUUCUACAUGGUUCUGCAGAUUGUCAAAUUUUUCUCCGGUUGGUGGCUUGGAACUUUUGAAUUCACAAUCUAGCAUGGAUGGAAACAUGCAGCGGACGGUAGAGAUGUCAACUGCUCUAUCGACGAGAAUACCGAUCGCACAGCCAUCAACUCUGGUCCUCAAAGUGUCGUGUGUGAGAAGAAGGCCAAGCUCAGGCUGCGCAAGCACGGAGGUACGUACGUUUGGGUUGUCGGUGGCGUCGGGCUCAGAACUUUUAUGGUGCGUUUGAUGUUUGCGAAGCGGGCGGCGGAGCGGUGGAAGCUACGUUUCGGUGCUCACGAGGGCGGGAAACACUGUUUGCUGUUUGGCUUUCGUACACCUUAGUACAACUCCGGACAAAAGGCUGCAGCUGCGCCCGUGUUGUCCUUGUCGUCUUUGCAUAAGCCUCCAUGUCGAGACAACCAUGAGCUCCCACGCUCUGCCCAAAAGAACAAAAAAGCUCCAUUUUUUCCGAGCUCAGAGGUGCCAGCGGAGGCUUGGGACCUCGAGGUGCUUCAAAGAUGGAGUUUCUUUGAUGUCUAAAGGUUGCCACUUCAUCGUCCUAAGAAGGUGUGCCUCCUUUUGAGUUAGCGGAGAGAGUUUGGAGGCAAGGAGGAAGGAAGAGGAAAAGCCAAAUUCUUCUCUCAGCCUUUCCCGCCGAUGGGCACCGGCGUCUUUGCCUUCUCCUUGAUCAUUUCUCUGCUGCUGAGGCGCUUGGCCUCGCAGCAUCCGAACAACACGGAUGCCUUCUUCGUCUCUGAUUUCUUCCGGAAGAUGAAGGUGGCGCCUUCCUCUGCCGAAGGCAGUUCUUCCCGAGUCUGUUCAUGGCGAGGCGUCUCCUGCGACGGCCAGGAGAGGGUCGUCAGCUUGGUGGCUUCCGGCUUCGGCUUCUCCGGUCCUAUCCCUGAAUCCACCAUCGGUCAGCUCAGCGAGCUCCGGGUCUUGGAUCUCAGCCACAACAACAUCACCGGGCUGUCUUUGGACUUCGCGGAACCGGGUAGCUCGCUCAGGAGCCUCAACCUCUCCUGGAACAAGAUCACGGGGCCGCUUCCGAGCAACCUCGGCAACUUCAAGCUCAUGGAAAGCCUCGACCUCUCGCACAACUGGUUCACCCGCGAGAUCCCGUCGCAGGUGGGCUCGCUGUCGAGCUUGGUGGUCCUCAAUCUCAGCAGAAACUUAUUGGAGGCGAGCAUUCCCGUUGCGAUUCUUGGAUGCACCUCUCUGGUCGCGAUCGAUCUUUCUCACAAUCGAUUAAGCGGGAGUUUGCCUGGUGGAUUUGGUGUUGCCUUCAAAAACCUAAGCACACUGGAUCUUUCCGAAAACGAGAUCAGUGGGAAGAUGCCGGAUUUAUCCGGGUUGGAUUCGAUCACCUAUCUCAAUCUUUCGGGCAAUCUUUUGCAAGAACUGGCCCUCGGGGUGUUCCGGGAUCCACUGCAGGUGAUGGACCUGAGCCGCAACCAGUUUCAUGGCCUCAUCUCUCAGGUACAUCACAGCUCCGUCUCCAGUUGGUCUUCUCUGGUUUAUCUUGACAUGUCGAUGAACGAACUCACCGGGUACUUCUUCCCUGGUCUGGAGGACUUGAGUUCACUAAGGCAUCUUAAUCUCGCAUUUAACAAGUUCUCUAGCCAGGAGUUUCAUCUCCUAGAAAUGCCAUCUUCCCUGGAGUUCCUGAACUUGUCGAAAGCCAAUCUCACCGGCCAAAUUCCGCCUCGGAUCUCUCGGUUGCUUAACAUGAAGGUAUUGGACCUUUCCCGGAAUCAUAUUACCGGCAACAUACCUGAGCUAAGCACCAAGAACCUGCAAGGGAUAGAUCUUUCGGUGAACAAUCUCACAGGCGAAAUCCCAAAGUCCUUGCAGCAGAAGCUACCCGUGAUGGAAAAUUUCAACUUCUCCUACAACAACCUUACUUAUUGUGGUAUGAAAUUUUCACCUGAAACACUGGAAUCGUCAUUCAUCGGGUCACAGAGUGACUGCCCCAUUGCAGUUAACCCGGAUGGUAUUGGAUCUGUGGAUAACAAACACAAGGAUCUCAAGUUAGGAUUGGCUUUGGCUUUGUCACUGUUCUUUUUGUUAGCAGGGUUGAUCAGCCUCGCCCUGGCUCUUCGAAAGAGGACGCCAUCCUGGACAGUCAAGCAACCGUCAUACCGGGAGGAACAGAACAUUUCUGGCCCCUUCUACUUUCAGACGGAUUCGACAACUUGGGUUGCCGACGUCAAGCUUGCUACCUCUGUCUCUGUUGUCAUCUUCGAGAAGCCGUUACUGAACUUUACCUUUGCUGACCUCUUGAGUGCGACAUCCCAUUUUGACAAAGGAACCUUGUUGGCUGAAGGAAGGUAUGGACCUGUCUACCGAGGAUUUCUACCUGGAGGCAUUCAUGUAGCCAUGAAGGUUUUGGUUCAUGGAUCAAUGGUGACAGAUCAGGAAGCUGCGAAAGAGCUCGAGCGACUUGGUCAGAUCAAACACCCCAAUUUAGUGUCCUUAACCGGUUACUGUUUGGCUGGGGAUCAAAGGAUUGCUAUAUAUGAUUACAUGGAGAACGGAAACCUACAGAAUCUACUCCAUGAUUUACCACUGGGCCUGCAAUCGACCGAAGAUUGGACCAGUGAUACAUGGGAACAAGAUAAUGCUGGCAUACAGAGUAUUACCACUGAAGGAAUGACAACUUGGAGAUUCAGACACAAAAUUGCAAUAGGCGCAGCAAGGGCAUUGGCAUUUCUUCAUCAUGGAUGUUUCCCUCCAAUAGUUCACAGAGAUGUGAAGGCAAGUAGCAUUUAUAUUGAUUCGGCGAUGGAGUCUAGGUUAGCUGACUUUGGAUUAUCAAGUAUAGUGGGGAAUAUCAUGGAGGGUGAUAUGUCGCGAGGAUCACCAGGUUACACUCCUCCGGAAUUCUCUGAGUUAGAAAACACGUUGGCAACUACAAAAACCGAUGUUUAUGGAUUUGGGGUUGUGCUGUUCGAGCUUAUUACAGGGAAGAAACCGAUUGGAGAUGAAUACUCCGAAGACAAGGAGAUUACUUUGGUCCAUUGGGCAAGGGAUCUGGUGAGGAGAAAUGAGUACUCGAGAUUGAUUGAUCCAAAGAUUUGUGAAACAGGACCAGAGAAACAAAUGGAGGAAGCACUAAGAAUUGCUUAUCUAUGUACAGCCGACUUGCCACCAAAGAGGCCAUCCAUGCACCAGAUUGUUGGUCUCCUCAAGGAUAUCGAACCUGUCACUAUUAUGCAUUGAAUCGAAUAAUUCAGUUCAGGUGUAUACUGGUCUUGAGCUAAUUCUUGGCCAAUAUGGUUCACAGUACAUCAUGACAACGUAGUACGAUGGAAAUGCUCAGGUCAUAUUCUCUUAACUUCUUAUAACUUGGUUUCUCUCUAAAACCAUAAAAUUAGCUUCUGUGCCUGGUUUCAAAAUUUGUAGCAGAGCAACUUGCAGAGUUGCUGUAUUAUCCUUUGUAUCUUUUGUCAAUGAAACACUGCUGUUUUAAUGUCAAGUGUGAGCUGCUGACUAUUAAUCUUGA